AUGCACAUAAAUGCUUUUUAUAAAGCCCUGUACAACAUUGACCACAUGUCUGAUGAUGAGGGCGACAUCGAUGACGAUGAUGAAAUGGACACUGAGCCACAAGACAGGCCUAGGAGAGAAAAUGACAAUCCUUUUACAAGACUGGUAGAAAAUCAAGGACUCGUAAGGCCAUAUGGAAACACUCCGGUAUCAUCAUCAGCAGCUCAACCAGGUCCAGGUCUGAUAACAUCCGAUUUUUUUAGACAAGCCAUGAUGUUUGCUAGUGGCAUACAACCACAAGAGCAACACCAUCAGCCAUCUUCAGCUGCUGCUUCAGCCCCUCAAAGUUUGCAACAGCCAGAUAACGUUCUGAUUGAAAUUCAGAUGCAGCAAUUGCGGGAAAUGGGCAUCAUGGAUGAGGGGUAUGCAAGAAGAGUCUUGAUGGAGACAGGAGGGGAUAUUGAAGCCGCAAUUGAAAGAUUGUUUUCGGAAGAUACUUUCUGA